AUGGAGCCAGACGCCCUGUUUCAACAGCAUUCGGUGGUGGAGGUUCGAACGAUCUUGUCGCGGACCACUGCAGACAUCGAGCGGAAGAAGCAGGAUCUUCGCGUGAUGGUUGGAGAGCGCUAUCGAGAUCUCAUUGAUGCUGCCGAUGCCAUCAGAACUAUGCACGAAUCAGCUGCAUCGGUCAGCGAAACGUUGCUUGAUGUGCAACGGGCCUGCGAUUCCAACGCGUGGAGGAAGGAAGAGGCGACGAAGCAUCAGAGGGACAGAAAGCUCAGCACCGAGCAAAGGAAAAAGGUCAUGUACGGCUUAGCCGCCCAGAUCAAGAUCCUCGCGGACACACCAGAGCAGAUAUGGCAUGCUAUGGAGUGCCAUUCUUUCCUGAAAGCGAGUCGUCUCUAUCUCGUAUCCCAGGAAGUGUACGAGAACUUGCAGACAGUUCCAGAAUCUUGGUCAAUUAAGCCGUCGUCCUCAUUUCCGGUCAUCAAGCGGCAAUGGAACGCCGUACAGCACUUUCAACCACAGAUUGUUGAAAGAUCCACGCGAAACCUUCUUUCGACUUCCGAGGCGCAUCAGAAAGUCGCGGAUACCCUAGCGGCCAUCAUCCUCCUAACGAGCAUCUCGCAAGAAGACGCACUCCUGAAGUUCCUGUCGAUGCGCAAGAUCGCCGUCAUCGACGUAAUGCGCAACCCACCAUCCGACCCAAAUUCUCUAGCCGCACAUAUCCGCCAGGUGCUGGAACUGCUUCGAAAGACUCUGGAGGACGUCAUGUCCAUCUUCCUCCCCGCGUCGCCAUCGGAUCCGUCACGUUUGACGGCGAUCUUGACUUCCCUCGUCAUGACAUCCGACUCGCACCCGCAAAAUGCGGAAGGAGCGACGCAUGUACCGUCGGCACCUACAUCCGAAGCCACUCCCUCAAUUCUCAAUCUCUACUCCACGAAAACAAACCUGCACAUAAUAUACCGGCAUCUCCCACCCGCGAUCCAAUGCCACCGCCCGAAACUAAAAGUACACCCUUCCUCAGCGAGCCGGGAAGUUAUCCGCGGCAACGUCGACACGUGGCUGCAUGAGAUUGGACAGACGGUCCGGGAACAGCUGAAACACUGCCUGGAACGUGUCGAGAAGGGGGCUGCCCUCGCUGCGGUUUGGAAGGAGGUUCUGGAGUUUGCGGUUCAGAUGGAGCGAGGCACGGAUGGUUCAUCGAAUGCGUCCUUGACGAAUUCGGCUGGGGUUGUUGCUGAGCCAUGGGAGAAGGUGUGCCGCGAGCUACUUGCGAAGCCAUACUCCCUCUGGACGAAUCUCGUGCGCGAGACGUUCUAUGCAUGCGCGGCGUCUGUAAUCCAGCAUUCUCUGGAAACGUUGGCGAAUCAACCCCAGCAGCUCCUCAAAGGGCAGUUGGACUCUCUCGCUCUGCUUAACCAGCCAGACCGCAACAUCGGCGACUACAUCUGGGGCACCGAAAACCAGUCCGCCGGCACGAUCGACCUCGACAACAGCGGCACGGUCGUGUACCGCGCCGAGACCCCCGCGACCGCCAAACUAUGCAACGCGCUCGAACGCGUCAUGAGGGAGGUGAAAGACGAUACCGCACCGUUGCUUGGGAAUGCGUUGCCGGUCGCGGUUGAUGAGGCGGAUUAUUAUCGUUCGAGGAUGGAUAAGACCGCGUUGGUGGCAACAUUUCGGAAGAUUUUUGGACAGACGAUGUUGAGGUAUCGGGAUGGACUAUUGGCGCUGUUGCAUCAGGCUGAAGCGGAUGCGAAGGCGGUCAGUGAGGAUUCGGUUAAACAAGCGGAAGCAAUCGACACCUGCCUCUUUAUCGGUCGCGUAGGCCGCAGCGUUGCGUUGCGAUUACGGCGGCUGGAGAGCGUCUUGGAACACGACUCCCGCAAGAUCUCUUCCUCUGUUCACAUGGACUCUUCUGAUUCGUCCGCGCUCGAGCAUAAAAUGCUGGACGUGUAUACCGAGGCACAUACGGUGUGGAUGAAUCUGAUCGCUGAGCGGUUGGAUGCGACACUUCUGCAGAAGCUGAAGGGUGUUGAUUGGCGGAACGGGGAGGUGGCUGAUGGGCGGGAAGGACAACCGGGUGCUAGCCCUGUUCCGGUGCAACCAUCGUCGUACGUCGCGGAAGUGACCUUCGAUCUUUGUCAGGAAUGGAAUCGGAUUGCGGGGUUUACGCUUGAGAAGGCUAGCCUCCAAAGCCUUAUGACGGCUCUGAACGCGAGAAUACUAGCUCUCUACGGGAAGAUUCUGAAUCCUCCCACGUCCGAAUCGGUCGAUGACCGGAUACCAGAAGGGAAAGCCCUCCUUCAGGUUGCGUUUGACCUCCUGUAUUUCGCAACCCUGUUCCAACCGUCUCCCGAUCAGACAAAAACCGAUGAGCUUCGAAAGCUUCUUGGGAUUUGCUUACGCGAGAUACACCCCACCAGCCGCGCCGAGACAGAGUCCACCCUUACCCAAAACGUCCAAUCCUACUGGACCAAAACCUCAACCCUCUUCGGCGCCUUCCUUAUCUCCCACAAAUCCACACCGCUCACCCAAUCCGCACCGAAGCGACCACCACUGGCAUCUAUGCCCACAACCGACUCGAUCCUCUCAUCCUCAUCGGCACUCAGUGCGGACUCGUAUAACGUCAUACCCCUAUCGGACGUUGCACCCCCGCGAUUCUCUUUACUUCCUGUUCCCGCUCACCUUCACAAGAAAUAUAGCACAGCCGCAGUCACACCACUUACCAAACCGUCACAAACCACCCCAACAGCACCAUCCACAUCCCACCCACAAACAAGCCCCACCCGCCGCGUCUCUCUAAUCCCAGACACCAAACCCGUCCCCCCGCUCCCCGCUCGACCCGUCAUCAACGCACCCGGGACACGCCCUCACCAACAACAUACAAAGCUCCACCUUGAACGACCCCUCCCGCCCGUCCCGCAAUCGCGUCCUGCGGCAGAGUCCCCUGAUCCGCGAACAACGCGACAACAGUUGUUUGGGAAUGCGUCGAAUAGAUCCAAUGAUUCGACUCCGACGUCACCCUCCCGAGCGAAUACGGGCGUGUUGGGGCUCGUUGGGCCCGGGAGUAAGACUUUGGAGGUGUUGACUUCGGGCGCUGGCAGGGUUUUGAGUGGGGUAUGGGAUUAUACGGCGCAGGUUGGGUCGCCGGCGUUGGGGAGGAAGGGUAGGGGCGGGGGAUGA